CGGGUUACAGCCGCCGCUCCCCCGCCCGCACCUCGCCGGUUCGCCCGCGCCGGGAGACAGUGUAACGGAACUGGGACGCCAGCGCUGCAUUGUGGGAGCUUUUAAAGCGGCGGGGAGCGCGGCGCGGCCUCUCGGGCUCUCGGUCCCCCGCCCCAUACCCCCCGGCACGGCCCGCACGCCGACCGGCCGGUCGCACACCCCCAGCCAGCGGAGGCCCGUGGACCCGUAAGCCAGAAAUGGUGAGAUGACCGGUGCCUGGCUGACUCUCCCGGAGCAGAAUCUUCCAUAGCCCGGGGAUGAGACUUGCAAAACUGACCUCCACCGUCACCCUGGAAAGUAGGAGGCUUUUUCUGCGGACGCUUUUUUAAAAAAACAAACAAAAAAACGCCCUUCCAUCCCCUCAGGACUGGGUUUGAAUUGCUUUUCAUCUGGAGUGGCAGUGAUUCAGCGACCCCCUUCUCAGCAGCAGGCAGUGACAGAGACAGGAGACGAAAAACAGCGAAUGAAUCAGACCUCACGUUUUGAGUGCUACACUACCGUGUUGCGUUCCACUGCCUUUGCAAUGCAGAUGUACCACAGGAGAGAACUCUGGAAAGCGAGCAGCUUCCUCUUCAUGUCCGAACCUGCCACAGAUCUAAAAUGGCCUCACUUCAGACUCUCCUCCUCUUGGAAGCCCAUCGUGACCUUUCCAGUCUGGCAUUUAGAGAGAUGAGAGGCAGGCUGCCCACUCAGAAGCACCAUCUCACCCUUCAGGAAGAGCUCCCAAAUUAAGGAUCCCAAAUAUUCCAUACAAGUAGCUACAUAGAAAAGAAUCUGGCACUGCAGAGGUGAUCUGGAUGCAGUAAGAAAUGCAGGAAGAUGCGCACAAAUAAAGACUCCUCUCUGAAGAGACCAACAAUAGCACUUUCAUGCGAAGAGCUGUGGUCGGAGCCCAGGAGGAGACAACGGAAGGCUGGGACCAGGGGUCUGGGCUACAGAACCUUGCACUGACUUGGCGACUUUGCUGGACAACACGUAAGUGUUAUAUUUUUAUGCGGCCAUAAAACAACUGCAGCGAUUGAGGUUCCUGAGCAAUAUUGUCAUUUGGAGGCAGGCCUCCCUAAAGUGAAUUAUGUCUUUGUGUGCGAUCUACUGAUGAACAGAAAAGAAAAGAGACUUCUCUUCCAGCCAAGAUGAAAGACACACAAGCCACUCAGGAAAUUUCAGUGGUCCUGCAGAGUGAAGUCCAUGAGCAGGAAGAUAAAAUGGAAAAUCAAGCGCAAACUGAAGACACACGUGAUGAUCUCUCAAAGACAGAGCGGUCUUUAGUACAUUUUUUUCCAACGUCAAUGGAUUCAGACACCACUACACUGCCACGUUCAUGGUCAUUAUCCGAUGAAAUACCUCUCAGUUACUAUCUUUCUAGCCCUCAGGUUAGUGGAGUAACUUUAUCAACAAUUGGACCAAAGCUUCUUAAACCUGCUCUCGUGAGGCAUUCCCAAUCAGAAGACAGCUUGGGACUCAACAACUUCAAAAUUCCAAAGAAACACACUAUGGCAGUCCUUGCUUCUCAGCCAGCUGUGAUUGGGGAAGGGGAAGAUUAUUUCCUGUCUUUGUUUGGUGAUUCAAAGAAACUUGUCGUGCGCUCAUUCCACACCAAGAAAACUUGGAAGCGCUUUUCUAUGAUUCUUGAAGAAGUGGGCCAAUCUAGAUCCAGUGCUCUUGGAGACAUUAAAAUAGCUGAAGUGCAUGUCAAAGGUUUAUGCGUGAAGCUCAUUAACUCUUCCCUUGACAAAGAACUGGAAAUUGGAAAUCAUAUUCUCCAACAAAAUGUGGAUGGACAAACAGUCUCUCUGUACCAAUUCCUUCCCAAUAUCAUAAUGCAGGCCAAUUCCAUGGUAACAGUCUGGGCAGCAGCAUCUGAAGCAAAGCACCAGCCACCAUCAGAUUUUCUUUGGAAGGAACAAAACAGAUUUAGGACAAGCCCAAAUUGUACAACAAUCCUGUGCAAGCCUAAUGGUGAAGCUGUCGCCUGGUACACUCCUAUUUACUGGAAGCAAGCACGGGAGAAAUUAGAGACCGACACUGAAUGUGACACAUGCUCAGUAGUAAGUCCCACAUCUCAUUGGCCAGCAGCUACCAAUACAACUAAAGAAAAACAAGAUCAGUCUAAGCAAGAUAUCUCAAAAUAUCAGGUGGAACACGUUCGAGCUUCUCUUACAAGAGAAAAAGAAAUCCCACCAACCCUUUUUCCCAAUCGCAGCCCUUGGUGCCACAGUCCUAAUGUCUCUGCACAUCCUUACUGUUCACUGAUUGAUCCUCACAACACCUACAUGACUGAACGCAGCUUAGACAGACAGCCCAGGUCUCAGUCAGCCAGGCCUGAUCCAGCCAGAGAUCAAGGAAAAACAGGACAUCUGAGUUACAAAAGCAACAGGCAGUCAAUUCAACUUUUAAAGGACAAUAAUAUCCAGGUCUAGAGAACAACACAGGGAUGCCUGACGUGAUGCAGCCUGCCUUCCACACAGGACAGGAAGCCAGCAAGCGAGAACACGGUUUCUUUUAGAAAAGAUAAUUCCUCAGGACUUUCCUGUAACCAUUUCUUAAAGCAGGAGAGACAGAUUGUGGACAAGUUAAAACAUUUGUUUUCUAGGCUGUUAUGAAGAAAAGCAUUGGUCAAAAGCAAAAUCAUCACUGUUUUCAUUUUAUGCACAUGAAGUUUCCCAGUCACUAAUUUCAGUCUUUUAUACCCUGCCCAGCUGUUAGGCUGACAACUUCUGCCAUUUCUGCAGAUGCAUUUUCCAAAAGCACAUGUUUCAGGAAUUCUGAAUCCUGUGGUUUGAUUCGCUACACUUGGAAUCUGUCUCCCAAAAGCAUGCGUUAAUCUGGCUUCCUAAUGGCUGGAAGUAAGAGAUGAAGUUUCUAUGGAGUAACUAGUUGGGAGUUUUUAAACCUGCCUACAUGCAAUUCAAAUUCAGCCAAAAUAAUCUCUUCCACCUCGUGAUACUAGGUACAAAAUACCACAGAUAGGAAAUGUCAAGAGUGUUUUAAUUAAAUAAUCUGAUAGAGCUACUUUUUUUUUUUUAAACAAUUCUGACUUCUUAGUCUUUGGAGAUCUUAUUCUAUACCCAUCAAGAGUAUAGAAGCUGAAAAACUAAUGAACUUGCUCAUUUUUAAUGUUUACCCUCUUUAUAGGCAGAAGGUAUGAUUGCUUCAGUUUCUGAGAACAAAUCCUGUCUAUACCUGGUAGACCAGCUUAAUUUAAUUUAAUUUCUGUUUAUUUAUAUAACAUAUGCAGGAAGAUGGGGCAUAUACAGUCUUGGAAGGUGAGAAGGAGUAAGAAGAGUGAGGGCCUUCCCCCAAUAUACCGUUUAAAAAAAUAAACGUAAAAUAACCCCAAAAAUGAUCAUUAGUGGUGAUCAUUGAGUUUUGUUUUAUUAUAUCCAAAUAUCAAGGGCUAAAAAUACUUUAUUUUUUAAAAAGUCAUGUGCCAAGGAACUCAAACAUAUACCUAUACCAAUAUUAAUAGCAGCAUUAUUCAUAAGAGACAAAAGGUGAAAACCCAAGUGUCUAUCAGCAGAUGAAUGGAUUUUUAAAAUACGGUAUAUACUCACAACAGAAUGUUAUUCAUCCAUUAAAAAAAUAAAAUGCUAAUAUAUGCUACAACAUGGGUGAAACCUUGAAAAUAUUAUGUGAAAUAAGUGAAAUAAGCCAGACACAAAAGGACAGAUAUCCUGACGCCAUUUUUCUGAGGUACUUAGAAUAGGCAAAUUCAUAGAAGUGGAAAGUACAAUAGCUUUCACCGGGGGUCAGCAAGAGGAGAAUGGGCAAUUGAUGUUUAAGCGGUACAGAAUCUCUGUUCAGGAUGAUGAAAAAGUUCUGGAAAUAGCACACAAUAUUGUGAAUGCACUUAAAAAUAGUUAAAAUGGUAAAUAAACAAAACUCUAGUAAAAUCAGAUCAGUUAUUUCCAAGAUGGAAGAAAAGCCAUAGGCCAGUCUAAAGCAUCUGAGAAGAGUUAUAUUUCUUGACAAAAUAAUUUGUCAUAUGCUUUUUGGUUUGAGAUAAAAAGGAUUCACAUUUAACCCAUGCAUAAUGAUGAAGCACAAAUAUUUUCUAGUCACCAAGCCACACUGGUCACAUUAUUUCUUUAGUCUUUGGACACUUAGGAGUAGACUUCUACCUUUUCAGACAACUCUCAAUAACACCUUAUGCCACUUUGAACCAUUAUGUAUGAUCUUUGAAUCACACGUUGGCUAAACUGUGUAGGCUCUUCUUUUUCAUAGUUACCAUAGAAACUGUGUAGUCACGGUAUUUGAGGAGACAACAAGAGCAUCUGAGAGUGUACAAUCAAAGGUAACUUAUUUCAUGGUUCAUAAUCUCUUCCAGCUGCCUCCAUUUGUGAUUAUCAUGUUCAAGUUGGGAGUGUAAAUGUACAACCCAAAGGGCUCUGGGAACUAAAGCCAAUAAGCGAGCUCACCCAUGCAGGCAUCCCUCCCAACCUCCUUCCCUCAAAGAUUUGUGAUAGAAACACAUAAAAGAAAUGGCAUGUGAGCCUCAGGUGUUUCCAAUUAUUUCCCUCGAAUGAGGAGAGGUUUCCUAAUCCAAAACAUAUUUCAGCUCAAAUAGUCUUCCUUGUAUUUGAAGAUUGUGUAGCUUCAGAAGAAUUUCAUCUACAUAUCUGAUCCAUUGACACUUCAUCAAUAACAAUAUCCCCUCUGAGCUCUUCUGUAAGAACGUUUCCUCUCUGGGUGGUCAAAAAUAUGGUGCGUUUAAGUAUUGCUUGUUUUUGUGAAGCAAACUCUCAGAACGUGUAUAACCUUUUGCUCUUGAAAGAAAAAGAAAUAAAUGCUCAGUGUGGUAGAUUUAUUGUCAGUGACAUCACCAUGGAGUGUUCUAGCACAAGCCUCAACUAUCUUUCUGCUCAAGGGCUAUCAGUCUCUCUAGAACAGUAUAGGAAAGGGAAGAAUAACCUAUCUCUGCUGGUAUAAAUCAUUAACUACCUAAGUGGUAAUACUCAGGCAAAACUAUUCAGGGAUUACAAAGAAAGAACGUGGGUUUGGAGCAUUUUGUUUUCCUAAGUUUCUGAAUGAAAGGCGUAAGACUGAUUAUUUAGGCUUCAGCAGCGUUAGACAGCAGUGAGCUUUAUCUCAUGGUCCCAGAAAUUUGCUACCUCAUCGUUGCCUCUGCAGGUUGGCGGCAGCACUCUGCUUAUAAUCAUCUUACAGGAGAAGUGAGGGUUAUUUCAUAAAACAUCCGAGUAACAAUCAUUGUUAAACAGUAUUCACUUGGUUCUGAAGAAGCUAGGGGCAGGACAGGA